UCUAUAUAUCUUAUCUCAUAACUUGGCUAAUUCUGAUUCAAGUCAUAUUUCGCUGAAAGAAGAGAGAAUGGGAGAAGGAAAACCAGCAUCAUCAGUAGCCAUAGGAAUAGACCUGGGAACAACGUAUUCGUGUGUUGCAGUGUGGCACCAGAAUCGAGCUGAGAUCAUACCCAACGACCAAGGGAACACAAUAACACCUUCUUGUGUUGCAUUCACUGAUACUCAAAGAAUGAUUGGAGAUGAUGCUAAAUAUCAAAUUGCUUCCAACCCUACCAACACCGUCUUUGACUCAAAGAGGUUAAUUGGUAGGAAGUUUAGUGACCCUCAUGUCCAGAAUGACAUGAAAUUCUGGCCAUUCCUAGUUACCGAUGUUGAUGACAUUCCAAUGAUUGUUGUUGAGCACAAAUGUGAGAAAAAGUUUUUCACUGCUGAGGAAAUCACAUCAAUGAUCUUAGCAAAGAUGCGCCAAAUUGCAGAAAAAUUUCUUGAAACACAAGUAAAAAAUGCGGUUAUUACAGUUCCGGCUUAUUUCAAUGACUCUCAACGCCAAGCUACCAAAGAUGCUGGCCACAUCGCCGGCCUCAAUGUAAUGAGUAUACUCAACGAGCCAAGUGCCGCAGCCAUCGCUUACGGCCUCAACACAGGAAAUUAUUUUAAUCAUUUUUAUGGAAUCAGAACUGUCUUCGUCUUUGAUCUUGGCGGUAGUACGUUGGAUCUUACUCUUCUCACAAUUGACAACAAAGGAAACAUAACCGUCAAGAUCCAUGGCGGAGACACGCAUCUCGGUGGACAGGAUUUUGAUGCUGCAAUGGUUGAAUUCGUUGCGAGUGAGUUUCAGAGAAAGAAAUGGCUUGAUCUUAGAGGAAACAAAAGAGCCAUAUGCAGGUUGAAGGUUGCUUGCGAGAGAGCCAAGAGGAAUCUCUCUUCAACAACUCAAGCCUCCAUUGAGGUAGAAUCGCUGCAUCAGGGAAUCGAUUUCUAUACCACAAUCACUCGCGCUAAGUUUGAGGAAAUCAACAAGAAUCUUUUUGAGAGAUGCAUGGAGCUUGUGCAUGAGUGUUUCGCGGAUAGUAACACGGCGAAACAGAGCGUUGAUGAGGUUGUGCUUGUUGGUGGCUCGACUAGGAUUCCGAAAUUGGAGCAGCAGUUGAAGGACUUCUUCGACGGGAAGGAUCUUUGCAAGAAGUACAUCAAUGCGGACGAGGCGGUUGCAUAUGGUGCUGCAAUCCAUGCUUCAAAACUGAGUGGUCACAAAAAUGAAAAGAUUCCAAGGAGCACCGUGAUUCCUACAAAGAAGCAAGAUCUGUUUGCAACAACCUUCGACAACCAAAGAAGAGUAACGUUUCACAUCUACGACGGCGAAAGCAAAAUUGCAAGCAACAACAACUUGCUGGGAAGUUUCGAUCUGGAAGUUCCUCCGGCACCUCGUGGCGUGGCGAAGAUUAAUGUGUGCUUUGAAAUAGAUUCUAACGGUAUCUUACAUGUAUCGGCGGAGGAAAUAGCACGGGGAGCGACGAAGAAGGUCUCCGUAGCUACGGAAGAAGUUGAGAGGAGGGUGAAAGAUGCUGAGAAGUACAAGGCUGAAGUUGAAGAGCACAGGCAGAAGGUUGAAGCAAGGAAUGCUUUGCAGAAUCUUGCUUACAAUAUGAGGAAUUUGAUAGAAGAUGAAGCCAUUGCUUCAGAGCUAUCUGCAGAAGACAAGAAAAAGAUUAACAAAGCUAUUGAUUAUACAUUGAAAUGGAUUGAUGAGAGUGAUUUUGCAACGGUGGAUGAGUUUAAGAAGGAAGAGGAAGGUCUUUUAAGUGUGUUUGGUCCAAUUAUUUCGAAGAUGAUUGAAGAUCUUGAUGCUCGUGGUAGUGAAAGGAGAAGAAAAAGGUUGAAGAAAAAGCUUGAGGUAGCAGCCCGCAUUUUCAAAGGGGUGUUUGAAGUGUUUUCUACUGUGAGUGAUGUUCUUCAGAUGUUCAACUAAUAACAAGCAUGUGAUGAAAUCAGUCAUCAUAAAAUUUUAUGUAUUUCUCUAAAUAGUUUUGGAAAUCUUAAAGCUUGUUUGGAAAUUA